AUGGAGUCCCAAUUAGCCGCCAUACGACACGAGUUGUUGAAUGACGGCCAUACGUAUGACUUUGUGGAGGGGACCAUCCCGGCUCCCCUGGCGCCAGAAUUGGUAACAUUCUUCCCCACCGACGGAGCCUACUACGAUUACUUUUCACAUGACAAGGCGGAAACCCUCACCAAGGCCCUGAAUGACCUGACUCGAUUCCUGGAGCUGGAGGGGCCGUACGAUGGGCUCAUCGCCUUCUCGCUGGGCGGAGCGCUAGCAGCCACCUUUUUGAUCCGCGAGGCGGCGCAGCAUCCGCAGCGACCGCUGCCGUUCAAGUGCGCUAUUUUCUUCUGCGGCGGCGCGCCUUUGGAUCCAGUCGCGUUGGAGGAAGCCGGCCAGGUGCGUCUUCUGGAUCCGGACCCAGACACGACCAGACCGGCCCCCCUGGCCGGGCUGCCGACGGCGCAUAUCUGGGGGGCCAAUGAUGACCUUUGGAGGGAUAGAAGCGAGCGGCUGUGCGCGCUCUGUGAUCCUGAGGAGCGGCUUGUGCUGGUGCACGGUGAGGGUCAUUCGAUCCCGGGGGCCAGAGCAAAAGAGGCUUUGUUGGGUGCUGUCCGUGCGAUUAGAAGAACUGUGGGGCGAGUCACUAUGGCCGUGUGA